AGAAGCCCUUGAAUGCAGCACGGGAGGCGCGCCUCAAGCUGAGGUGAGAAGAAGAAGAAGAAGAGGAAGAAAACAUGAUGAACUGAUGAAGUCUGACUGCACAGACUCAGAGCAUGUGGAUGGAGGUGAAGAACAAGAGCAGGACUGUCACUAGCGACGGAAACAGCUCGAAGAUGGUUGAUCCAGAUGUGACACUUUUACACACUGUUCUACAGAGAAAUGGUUCAGCUGCAGCUGCCACUCUUCCUUCUCAUACAGAUGACUCUUCAAAAAGCCGCAGUGGGAUCAUCCCCGGUGCGAUUGCAGCCACAGUGUUCAUCGUCUUUCUACUCGCUCUCUACGCGGUCCUGUGGAAGUGCAUGGUGUCGCCUCCAAAACGAAAGCACAGGAAGAAGAGGGUGAGAGUGAAACAGAGGACGACUGUGUGAAGACUGGCUGCCAGGUUGAAAAUACCUUUUCGUCUGUUUUGGACUUUAAUGGUUCGGACUAAAAUCUGAGAGCAGACUUUGCUCAGUCAGAGAAAAGCACCAGAGUGACAGUAUGCCUCUGAGGAAGAUCCUCCUAAUAGAUCAAAGAUCAAACCAGUGGAUGAUGUGCCACCACUUUCCCUCAGCUGUACUGUUUACUGUUGACUCAAAGCUCUGUGUUGAUGUGAAACACAGGUCAGAUCGUACUGCUGUUUUUUUUGUUUUUUUCUGUGAACUCUGCACUACUGAGUGACGAGGCGGCUCAGCCACCGCUCGCUCCAGUGACCAAUAAGCUGCGCGGCAUAUUUAGUAUGUGUUGAUGUGUUUUGUACCUCCACCAAGUGGACGGUUGCAUUUAAACAUGCCCUCUACUAGUAUUUCUUCAUACUAUUUGUAUUAAGUACAUAAUGGCAUCAGUAGGUUCCAUUUUAAUCGUUUCUUAAAGAUUAUUUUAACUCCUAGAGCUGCUGGGAUGUUCAGAACAACCAGCACAUCACUCUACUACUACUCGAGUAUUUAGACCGCAUUUACUGUUGAAAUCUAGAAAUGGAUUUUGUUUUAUAUUUGUCCUCUGUUGUCUUCUUUGAAAUCCACACGUUACUCAGGAUGUUGUAACUACUGUAUGACUUUUAACUCUAUUCAAAACUGUGACUUUUUUUUAUGUAAUGUGAAUAUAAAUAAAUGCUAAUAUUUGUGGUCAUAAUUUGGUGAAACUUCAAUUCACACUCAAUCAUUUGUUUUUCCUUCGUUUCCUGUUGUAACUUAAUCUAACGUUAUGGAACGAGGAAAGAAAUGCUGUGGAUGGAUUUCUGCAGAAAUUUAAAUGAAACCGAGGAGUUGACAGAUUAAGUGUCAGUAUGAGUGUAAAGGGAAACGUUUCUCUGUGUGUCGGACAUCAAUAAUAUCAUGUCAUGAAUCACUGAAUCUAUAAUCUCUUCAACAAUAAGAAAAGACGGAGCCGGAUGGACACAUCCUGAAUAAGCGGACACAGUCCAGCAGCCACUGAGCCACCCUGCUUAUUAUACAAUGCGUUACAUGCUACUUGAGUAGCUGACUAUCAGAGCCACAUCACAGUAAGAGGUUUGACACUUUGUGGUUUUCAGAACCAGUUUUGCAACUUCAAAAAAAAACACGGACUGAGUGGAGCUGAUUGAACUCAGUCAUGAGCAGGGAAUGUGAUUUGGUGGAAUCAGGGAAGUGUUGGGUGGAAAUUCUGCUGAACUCAUCAGAGAUUAA